UCUUCUUGGGCUACCUGAAUGAAGAUUCAUCCUACUUUGCUCUGAACUCUAAUAAUAAAAUUGAUUGUGGGUCUAGAAUCUUUCACAUUUCUACAUCUUGUGCGGAAAUGUUAAGACGUUUGUUUUAGUAUCUCGCUAUUUUACUUAAGAUAAUGAUAAACGCCGCUACUCUUAGACUUAUCUUAGCUUUUCUAGUUAUUUUUAAUGUGGCCAAUGCUGACAACAAUGAAUCGGUGAAAAGUGAAUAUUUGAGUGAGGCCACUAGUGACGAGUCAGGAAAAAGCCUUCGUGCUUUUGACGCAAACCCAGGUGAACGUAUUGGACCUUUCAAAAAUAUUUUCGCUGGAAUAUUUACAAAUUAUAAGAGCACCUACCUUGGAAAUCUAACGGCGUCAGAACAUCAGAAGGACUUUCGUCUGGAGCAAGAAACUACAGUCAAACCGUUGACAGAGACUCCAGAGAAGGUGAAAACAUCGAAAAAGUCUAAGAAACAUAGGAAAAGAAAGAAAAAGAGGGUCCAUACUAUGGGUCGAAAGCAACCGAGCGACAAUGAGGGAGUUCUUAAAUACGAAAUUGGCCCCGAUGUUAAUGUGACUCUUGAUAUGAGUCGGGAAGUUGUCAGUGUUAAUAUUGACCAGGAAUAUGUGAAGGAUAUUUUAGCAGGAAACUGGCUUUCGGAUUCGAAUGAUGGCCGGAAGAAAAAAGAGAAGGAUGGUGGGGUUAUGAUGAAAGUUCUGCCGCUUUUCAUUCUGCCCUUUCUAAUACAAUCAUCAAUUUUGCCGUUUCUCGUAGCGAAGCUGAAAUUAUUAUUGCUAAAAUCAAUAAUCGUUGGAAAGUUGGCCAUCUUCCUUCUUGUUGUGUCAGCAAUUAAAAAUAGUCAAAAGGUGGCUACAAUUGAACCGAUUCCAACGUACUUUGCUGCUGAACAUCCUUCAAGGCGUUCUGAAGUGUUCUCUGGAUAUCGGGUGGAGGGGAGACCAUCCGCUUGGGUGAAUUAGGAAACUAUAAGUGGUGCAAUUGUGUAGUUAUAAUAUCUAUGUAUAUUUAUUCAAGGAUAUGAGCCCAAUGUAAUUUAUUGUGGAUUUAAGAUACGACUGACUUAGUGGUUAAGGUAACUGUUACUGGGUAUUAUGUUUUCUGUACAGUACAUGCAGUCUGUGGAUUACUCCAAAUUGGUUUGUUGAAAAAAGAAAAAAUAAGAUAUGCCUGAAACCUGUUUAUCUUAUGAAAACAGGCGUCA